UUUGAAGAAGCAAGAGCUUGCAAAAGGUUUUUCAAAGAGGGAAGAUGCCUUCGAGGAGUUGGCAGUAGCCUUGCGUCUCAGAACAAGGAAGACAUCAAGAAAUUCAGUAAAAGAACUGUGAAGGUGACACAACAGCAUAAUGAAGGCUGCAAAAAACUAUUAAGACUUAUGGGUGUCCCAGUAGUUGAGGCUCCUUCAGGAGCAGAGGCACAGUGUGCUGCACUUUGCAAAGCUGGAAAGGUUUAUGCAGUUGCUUCUGAAGAUGUGGAUUCCCUUACUUUUGGAGCUCCUAUAUUUCUUCGCCAUUUGAUGGAUCCCAGCUCAAGAAAAGUUCAAGUCAUGGAAUUUGAAAUUUCCAAGAUCUUGGAGGAGAUGAAUCUGGAUAUGGAUCAAUUCAUUGACGUGUGCAUCCUCUCUGGA